GCGCGCCGGCGGGAUGGCGGCGGCGGGCGCGCGCAUGCGGGGGAGGGAGGAGGGAGGCGGCGGAGCGGCGCUGGUGGGGCCUGCCCGAGCCGGGUCGGCGCGUCUCGUUCUCGGCCCGCACCGGGUGCAGGCGGCGAGCCGGCCGCGGCGGCCGCAGGUGGAUGCCCGCGGCCUGGCAUGGAGCAGGCCUGCGAAGUGAGCCGCCGCAGCUGCCUCGUCCCGUUCGGUACCUCACUGGCGGCCGCUGAGGCCAAGGGCGGCCCUUUCGGCGAGGGCCGCGGCCCCGAGCCGCCGGCCAUGCAACUGGCCGCCGCCAAGCCUGUCUACGGCCAGGACCCCUCGUCUUGCUACAUCCCGCUGCGCCGGCUGCAGGACUUGGCCUCCAUGAUCAACGCCGAGUACCUCGGCGGCGCCGCCGACGGCGCUGAGGCCCUGCCCGACCCCGACUCGCCGCCCCCCCGCCUCGCCGCACUGCAGGACCCGGCGGCCGGCGCCGACGGACCCGGCCUGGCUGCCGACGCGCCCCGCGGGGCCCUGGCCUUCCCCCUGCUCCUGCGGGACGGCGGGGAGGAGGCUGCGGAGGAGGACGGCGCCGAGACGCCGGAGGAGGAGGACGACGACGACGACGACGACGAAGAAGAAGAGGAGGAGGAGGAGGAAGAGGAGGAGGUGGUUGUAGUGGAGGAGGACGGGGAGGAGGAGGUGGCCGAGCCCGGCUCGCGGAGCCGCGGCCGCCCCGGGCCGCAGCAGGGCCCGAGCAGCCCGCAGCCACCGUGCCUGCAGCCGGCCGAGCCGGUGCUGACAACGGUGCUGGACGGCGGCCCCGGGGACAAGCCGGAGCCCGCGGCCCUCAAGCUCAUCCAAGCCAAGAAGAAACCUACUCCAGUGAAGUAUGAAGUUGGGGAUCUUGUUUGGGCCAAGUUCAACAGACGCCCAUGGUGGCCAUGCACGAUUUGUCAUGACCCAGUGCUGGACUGUCACUCAAAAAUGAAAGUUUCCAAUCGGAGACCUUACCGAGAGUACUAUGUGGAUGCCUUAGGAGAACCUUCGGAGAAAACCUGGGUUGCUGGGAAAGCUAUUGUCCUCUUUGAAGGAAGACAUCAGUUUGAAGAGCUGCCUGUGCUCCGGAGGAGAGGAAAGCAAAAGGAAAAAGGCUACAAACAUAAGGUUCCACAAAGAUUUCUGGCUAAAUGGGAAGUCAGUGUUGGGCAGGCAGAAGACAUUCUUCUCGGGGGGCCAGAGGAUCAGAAGUGCAGCCAGAACUGCAGCGAGCUGGACAGUGAGAGGGAAGCGCAGGCGGAAUACUACACCAACGGCCCUGGAGCAGAACGGGACAGGCAGCUGAACGGCUGUUUUAAAUCCUUGGCGUUUGACUCCAGACACCCGGCCAGUGGAAAAGGAAAAUUGCACAUGAAGCCACAUCUGAAAAAAAGCUCUGACAGCAGAAAAAGGACUAGAGUAAAAAAGAGUGGCGUAAGAGUGGAAGGAUCCAGGGGAGAAAUCCAAGGAAAAAUGACGGAGAGCAUAGUUAGAAACAUGAUUGUUGGAGACCUUCCAGACAAACACGCAUCUCAUGAACUUCGCCGGAUUGCCAACAGCCUAACAGUGUCUGGGAGCACCAGGGAAAACCAUUUGCUUUCCUCCUUUGGAGAAAGACGUUUUGAGAAGACACCUUUGAAACCAGACUAUGAGAAUCGUAAAAGUGAUGCUCUGAAGAAUGCUCUCCAAGGAGACUUGUUUUCCAGUGCAUCUUUGGAGAGAGAGAAGAGCUCCCUGGGCAUUUUGUGCAGUUCCAAAUUACAAAUACACUAUUCUGCAUCUGAUGCUGGUAUUGAGAAAAAGCAAACUGAAUCAGAUUCAUCCUUGUCCCUCUCAGAUGGUGGGAACAGUGAUGUAGAUACCAUGGACCAAAGUUCAGAGAGAGCUUCUAGUGCUCUUGAAGUUAGUGAUUCUUCAGAUAAAGUGGAGAAGGAAUUUCCUAUGACGUCAAGUGGAAACAUUAAGCUUUCCAUGUAUCUUUCUCAGAAGAGCAACAGAAGGGCCAGGAAGAAGUCGUACAGAGACUGCAAACCUCUGGGAGGUUCGGUGACCAGCAGACGUGAUGGUGGAUUUGCGGAUGGGGAGCUUGAAGUAGGCUUCUCUGAUGCUGAGAUGUCAUUGACGGCGCUUGAGUGCUCUUCAGAUGUGAGAAAUGACAAUCUUUCCCUAGCAAACAAGCACACUACUCCCCAAAGCGUUUCCAAGGACAGCUCCUGGCCUGCUGUUGUAAAUCAAGCAAUCUUAAAACCGAAAAGCAUGAAAUUGCCCCGAAUCGGGAGUAUAAAAUGCAAACAUAAAGAAAAAGUUGCUGGGUCGGAGCCUUCUCUUGCAGAAGAGGAGGGUGACGUGAAUCGCUGCUCUUCUGAUACCAAAGGUUUCUCUGGCCUUCAGAGAGAUUCUCUGCAGAGAAGCGGAAAAGCUGAUGGUCAGAAACUGUUAAACAACGUGCACGAGAAGCCCAGGGAUUCUGCUGAAAUCGAAACUGCUGUGGUGAAACACGUCUUGUCAGAGCUGAAGGAGCUGUCGUACCGGUCCAUGGGUGACGAUGCUGGUGACUCUGGUGCUCCAAAGGCCACAGUACCUUUGCUUUUCUCUUCUGCCUCUGGUCACGGUCGUUUGCCUAUUGAGCCAGAUUACAAGUUCAGCACCUUGUUAAUGAUGUUGAAGGACAUGCAUGACAGUAAGACAAAAGAGCAGCAACUGAUGACUGGUCAAAAUAUAGUCCCGUUUCGAAAUACCAGCACAGCUGACGGUUCUGGAAGCAAUUCUGCGAGCGGUCUCAAGUCCUUGUCUGUUGUAGGUCCCCCAUAUAAAAUAGAAAGAAAUGGAGAUUGUGUCCAGGAAACAGUAAACCCAAACUCCGCUCUAAGCAACUCCUCAUUUUCACGCAAUCCUCCAACCAAGUUGACGGGGAUUGGUACUAGUAAAAGGGAGCCCGCGAGUACUGCUGUUUCUGGGACAAAUGGCACAAAUUGCGUGCCCAAACGCAACUGUUCAAAAUCUAAGCAGUCAUCAAAGCUUGGAGAUAAAAAAGUUUCAAACAGAAAGGACUUAAAACCAGGAGGGCCAAGUAAGUUGCUAAGUCGGUUAUCCAGAGAUUCAGGAGAACAUGCAUUCCGCGUGCACGGUUCGGUUACCAGGCCUCUAGGUAAUGAAGCAGAAGAUACUGAGAGGAAAGAGUCUGUUGAUUUAACAGAACAUUCAACUGAUGAAGACUCUGCCUGUUUAUCUGAUGACAAUUUAGAUCGUAUUGGAAGGAGCCCUGAAGCUGGUAGAAAUAUUGAGAGCUGCACUUCUGCUGCAAAUGGGGAGAGUCCAGACUUGGAUUCAGAGGCAAAUAGUGAGAGCUCUCUUGGUGAUGAGUCUAAUGAUAUAAAUCACGUAGCACCCAAAAAGCGAUGGCAGCGUUUUAACCAAAGCAGUGCUAGAUCUAAUAAGCACAUCAGUAGAUCUAGGGAACAAGGAAACUUGGAGAGUGCCUUUGGCCUGAAUUCUCGUGUCUUUUCACUGAAGGGAAAAGAGUGCUUGGGACGUAGGCAUUCCCCUCAUUCAAAGGUGCUUGAGGGAGACCUGACAGGUCAGGACUAUGAGAAUCGUUUAGACUUAGUUGAGAAGCGUUUGAAUGUAUGUGGUAAGCCAAACAACAGUGUGAUGGACUCAGAAACAGAGCUUGGCAACUUUGCUCCCCAGUCUGAAUUCUCUGCACAAGUACAUGCAGAGAGGAAACGCCUUAGAAAGCCAAGUAAACGGCUUCUGGAAUAUGCAGAAGAAUAUGAUCACUUAUUUGCACCCAAGAAAAAAUCAAGGAAGGGCCAGGAGCAAUUGCAAAAGGUGAAUUCUGUGGUGAGGUCUGAGUUUGAAGAUCUUCCUGCACAAUGCAGUCCUGACAGAGAUACCCAGCGGGGGCCGAGUCCUUUGGUUUCAACUCCAUCUUCAACCAAAGAGUCCCCUCCCAUCCUCGAAGCAGAGUGCUCCUUCUCAGAACUAGGAUCUCAUUCUGCUGAUCCCACUGAUAGACUUCUAGAAGGACCUUCAGACUUUCCAGAGCUGGUGCUGUCUUCCUCAGAUGUUUCUGAAGUUUCUGCUUCUCCAGAUGCAGACGAGAGAUUCCUGAAAUCAGGGAACUUUGAAAGCAAGCGUCAAAGGAAGCCCACGAAAAAGCUCCUGGAAUCCAAUGAUUUGGACACUGCCUUUAUGCCAAAGAAGGAGGAGUGGACUCCCCCAAAGAAGAACGCUGGCCCCUCAGAGAGCGACAACUCCGAGCUCUACUCGCCAACCCACUUCUCGGACCUGGGGGAAGCUUCUGAAAAGCUCUUGGAGAAGCAGCGGAAGCGGAAGAGACAGCGCCAUGCCUCUGCAAUGCAUUCCAAGAAGGAGAGAAAUGAGGAGGGGCUGGGGGAGACCCCACACUCUGAGGGGGAGACAUCGGUUCAUGGGACUGCUGCAAGCCCCAAAGAGGGUAAUGAAGAGGGGUCAGAGAACGACCACGGAGUGCCUUCGUCCAAAAAGAUGCAGGGGGAGCGUGGAGGAGGAGCAGCUCUCAAGGAGAAUGUGUGUCAGAUCUGCGAGAAGCCGGGGGAAUUGCUGCUGUGUGAGGCGCAGUGCUGUGGUGCUUUCCACCUGCAGUGCCUUGGGCUCUCCGAGAUGCCAAAGGGCAAGUUCAUCUGCAACGAGUGUUCCACAGGGGUCCAUACCUGCUUUGUGUGCAAGAGCUGCGGGGAAGAUGUCAAACGGUGCUUGCUGCCCCUCUGUGGGAAGUAUUACCACGAAGCGUGCAUACAAAAGUAUCCACCCACGGUCAUGCAGAACAAGGGCUUCCGAUGCUCCCUGCACAUCUGCAUGACUUGUCAUGCUGCUAACCCAGCAAACAUCUCUGCAUCUAAAGGUCGCUUGAUGCGCUGUGUGCGAUGUCCGGUUGCAUACCACUCCAACGACUUCUGCCUUGCCGCCGGCUCCGUGGUCCUCGCCUCCAACAGUAUCAUCUGCCCCAACCACUUCACUGCGCGAAGGGGCUGCCGCAACCACGAGCACGUCAAUGUCAGCUGGUGCUUUGUCUGCUCAGAAGGGGGCAGCCUUUUAUGCUGCGAGUCGUGCCCGGCUGCAUUUCACCGUGAGUGUCUAAACAUUGAGAUGCCAGAGGGAAGCUGGUAUUGUAAUGAUUGCAAGGCAGGCAAAAAACCACACUACAAAGAAGUAGUCUGGGUGAAAGUUGGGCGCUACAGGUGGUGGCCAGCUGAGAUUUGCCAUCCUAGGACAAUUCCUGUCAACAUCCAGAAAAUGAAACAUGACAUCGGCGAGUUCCCCGUGCUGUUCUUCGGCUCCAAGGAUUACCUGUGGACACAUCAGGCCCGUGUGUUCCCUUACAUGGAAGGUGAUGUCAGCAGCAAAGACAAGAUGGGGAAGGGCGUGGAUGGCAUAUACAAGAAAGCUCUUCAGGAAGCUGCAGUAAGAUUUGAAGAGUUGAAGGCACAGAAAGAACUGAGACAGCUUCAGGAAGACAAAAAGAAUGACAAGAAACCUCCUCCCUACAAACACAUCAAGGUGAACCGGCCGGUGGGUAAGGUGCAGAUCUUCACUGCAGACCUGUCCGAGAUACCGCGUUGCAACUGCAAACCAACAGAUGAAAACCCGUGCGGCCUGGACUCGGAAUGCAUCAAUCGCAUGUUGCUUUAUGAAUGCCACCCCAUGGUCUGCCCUGCUGGGGAGCGCUGCCAGAACCAGUGCUUCUCCAAGCGCCAGUAUCCCGAGGUUCAGAUUUUCCGCACGCUGGCACGAGGCUGGGGCUUGCAAGCCAAAACAGACAUCAGAAAGGGUGAAUUCGUUAAUGAGUAUGUUGGGGAGCUAAUUGAUGAAGAGGAGUGCAGAGCCCGAAUCCGCUAUGCUCAGGAGCAUGACAUCACCAAUUUCUACAUGUUGACACUGGAUAAGGAUCGAAUCAUUGAUGCUGGACCAAAGGGCAAUUACGCUCGAUUCAUGAACCAUUGCUGCCAGCCAAACUGUGAGACUCAGAAGUGGUGUGUGAAUGGCGAUACUCGGGUUGGGCUCUUCGCACUUGUGAAUAUCAAAGCUGGGACUGAGCUGACUUUCAACUACAAUCUGGAGUGUUUGGGAAACGGAAAGACCGUUUGUAAAUGUGGUGCCCCAAAUUGCAGCGGCUUCCUAGGAGUGCGGCCAAAGAGCCAGCCCAGCCUCACCGAGGAGAAGUCCAAGAAGCUCAAGAGACGGCCGCAGAUGAAGCGCAGGUCGCAGGCAGAGGUGAUGAAGGAACGAGAGGACGAGUGUUUCAGCUGCGGGGAUGGAGGGCAGCUGGUUUCUUGCAAGAAGCCGGGCUGCCCCAAGGUUUACCACGCCGACUGCCUCAACCUGACCAAGAGACCCGCAGGAAAAUGGGAGUGCCCGUGGCAUCAGUGUGAUAUGUGUGGUAAGGAAGCAGCUUCCUUCUGCGAGAUGUGCCCCAGGUCCUUCUGCAAGCAGCACCGGGAAGGCAUGCUCUUCAUCUCCAAGCUGGAUGGACGUUUAAGCUGCACAGAGCAUGAUCCCUGCGGGCCUAACCCUCUGGAGCCAGGAGAAAUCCGUGAGUAUGUGCCUCCCAUAGAAGCCCUGGCUAAUGACGAGGACACGCAGCCACCGGAGCAGCUCCCUGCAGACACAGACCUGAGCGUUCAGCCUCUGGACAGCCCACCUCAGUCUGUGGCCCUCAGAGUGCAAUCACCAGAAAAGCCCCCCGCCACCCUAGCACUGAGGCUGCCGCCGUCAGACAAGCCCACCACCACCCUGGCCCUGCGGCUGCAGCCCUCAAACAAGCCCCCCACCACCCUGGCCCUCAAGCUGCCUCCACCAGAUAAACCACCUGCCACCCUGGCACUGAGACUGCCACCGUCAAAUAAACCCCCCACUACCUUGUCACUGAGGCUGAAGCCAUCCAACAAACCCCCCACCACCCUCUCGCUCCGGCUGCAGCCUUCAGACAAACCUCCCACCACCCUGUCGCUCCGCCUGCAGCCGUCGGACAAGCCCCAGGCUGCCCUGUCCCUGAGGCUGCAGCCAGAGAAGCAGCAACCCAUCAUCGUAGCGCUGAGGCCUCAGCAGCCCGACAAACCUCCCACCAACGCGGUGCUGUGGCCGCUGGACGAGUCCUCCGGUGACGCCUCGCAGUCUGACCUGCCGAGCAAAUCUCCUCCGGGAACUCCACAGUCGUCGGAUGAGUCGCUUGUCACCGCUGCUGCCCUGCAGCUCCAGCUGUCGGACGAGCCUCCUGCUGCCGCCGAGGUUUUGGAGUUAUCGGACGAGUCUCUCCUUGACACCGGGAGCCAGCACCCCGAGCUGCUGGAGGAGUUCCCAGAGAAAUGCCUGCAUCCUCAGCUGUCGGACAGACUUCUCAGCGUGGCAGGGACCCUGCAGUCCCAGCUGGUGGAUGAGCCUCCUGCGACCGAUCAGCCUGAGCCUCUGGACAAAGCUCCUGCCCAGAGUCCGCAGCCUCAGUCUGUGGAAAAGGCUCCCGGCUUCAUGGUGCCGCAGGUCCCAGCAUCAGAGGUGGCUCCCGGUGCUGGGGUCCUGUGGCCUCUGCCCAUUGGAAAAGUCCCCAGCUCCCCGGUCUCACGGAUCCUGCCUAUAGAGAAGGCUCCUCUAUCGGCUGUGCCCUGGCCCCCACCUCCAGAGAAGGCUUCCUUCUCCGGGGCAGUGCGGGUCCCCGCUGUGGAGAAGGCUCCCAGCUCCGGGCCGCCCCGUCCCCUGCCUCUGGAGAAGGCUCCUGGCUCCCGGUCACCACACAUCCUGCCCACGGAGAAGCCUCUCGGCUCAGGGGCCCUCCGCAUCCCACUCACACAGAAAGCGCUGGCCCCUGGGGUGCUGCGACCGCUGCCUCCGGAGAAGGCUGCCGACUCCGUGGCCCUGCGGGUCCUGCCUUCAGAGAAGGCUCUUGGCUCCGGGGUGGCCCGGCCUCAGCUCUUGGAGAGGCCACUCACUCUUACAGCUCCGUGGCCUCAGGCGUCGGACAAGCUGGCAGCUGCCGUGGCUCCUCGGCCUCAAGCCUUGGACAAACCUCCGGCUGCGUCAGCACUGAGGCUGUUGCUGUCAGAGAAGGCGCUGCGGCCUGUCGACCAGAACGCUCAGCCGAAGGAAAGAGGAGCCCCCGGUGUGGAGCUGAGUCCCCAGCAGAAAGAGAGGACCAUGUUAGCUGGGGAGCAAAUCUCUUGGUCUGCUGGGAAGGCAGUGAUGCAUGUCGGACAGGUACCUUGGCCUACAGAGAAACUACAGACACAUGAGCAAACCCACUGGCCCACGGCAAAAGCGCUGACCCCUGCAGAGCAGUCUCCCCGGAUAGCAGAGAAACUACCAGAGCCGACCCUUCAGCCUGGCUGGGAAGUGGCCUCAGCCCCCGCAGAGCAAACCCCUUGGACAUCAGAGCGAUUGCGUGCGUUUGAGCAGACCCCUCGGCCAGCCAGGGAAGCGCCGGUGCCCCCGGAGCAGGUGCAGUGGCUUGUCACAAACCUUCAGACAAUUGACCAGAUUUCUUGGCUGAGUGGAAAAGCAAAGACUCCUCGGGGCCAGGACCCUUUGCCUGAACAAAACACAGCGCUGGCCUGUAACCAGGAUUCUGUCUGUCAUGAGUUGGCCGACUCAGAGCCAAAGUGAGGUUGGUGAAUAUGGGAGACAGGUUUCAGUCUUUUAAUGUUUAGGGAGGGGGUCUUUUUUUUGUUUCUUUUUUAUUCACUCCCCUGAGCCCAGCCCCUGACCCGUGCACAUCCCAUCCGUAUUCUCUCAUGACGUGAGCAAGGACAUUCACAGUCUUGAGUGUGGCCCAGCCGAAGGGAGAGAGCAUCUGUGACCUUUUCCUCUUCCUUUUACAAAUGGUAAAGCUGAAAUAAAGAGUCCACUCUGGGUAAAAAAAAAUCUCCAAUUCCAUUGGAAUAGUCACAUUACUGAUCCAGCAUGUUCGAGCUUCAGGUCUGUAGGCGGGUUCCCCGGUACAGCCAGGGGCCUCGCUCUCGUUACCGUGUUUAGAGGGAGCAGAUCUGUCAGGCUGCCCAGGACCAGAGGUGUUCCAGGGAUCGGGCGCUGAGCAGUCAGUGUGUGCCCUUGGACUCUGUGGAAGAGGGAAGGGGUUUAUCUGUCGUCUGCCCUGGCCUCUGUCCCUGUAGGGUGUUGCUUUUCGAGGUUGGUCCAUACGUUCGCUGGGACACGCGGCGUGUGUGGGUCACCGAAGGACAGGUAUUGUCUCUAGCGGAGCUGGGAGAGAAGCUCAGUGCAGUUUUCUCCAGCAACAGGCAAUAUCCAUUCAGGCUCCUUUGUACAAAACUGCAGGUGGCCAGGCCUGAGAAACAGGGAAGCUGGAGGAGGUCAGGGAAAGGAGAGGUCUUGGAAGAAGCCUCUGGCUGUUUUGUCAUCCUUGUGUCUUAAUCCUUUAGCACAGUACAUGCAGUGUCUCCUGCGUUUGAAAACGUUGUGACCUGUAAAGCAGCAAUAGCAGAGCAGGGCAGAGUGGCGUUUCCUCGAGGUGCUGAGCACCGUCCCAGCAGGGUGCGGGUGCUCCCUUUCAAAUUUCCAUCCAGUCUCUUCUUGACUUGUGUCGUCACCAGGAGCCAGCAGACUGAGCGGUCCUUUCUCCCCUCAGACGUGUUCAGGACGUGUUCACACUGCGCCUGCUCUUCCUGGCAGCGGGCGCACCGCUGAGCUGCAAACGGAGCCCGUCCCGGUCACCGCGCAGCGCAGAGGCGAGGGUGCCGUGGCUGGAUCGGGACCCAUCUCGACGGCUUCCCCUUGGGUAGCUUCUGGCUUAACUCUUCUGCAACCAAAGGAGACUUGAAUUAACUGGACUGUAUUGGUGUGCAUGUGUGUGCGCGCGUGUGUCCUUCCAACUGAAUAGUAGUUCUCACACUGGAACACGGUGGGCUCCAGCACCUGGCUGGCUUUCUUGUUUCCUCUUCUCCCUUUUCCAGUUGAGGAGAUGCUGAGUACCUGGUGGGUGUCAGGCUGGCGUCCAGACUAGACCUGCUGAAAGCGUUGAGGCACAAGUUCACUUGGCUGCGGUGUUUGCAGGGCAAACAGUAGAGUCCCAGGGACCUGCGGAGUGUCUGGCGGCCACCGGCACCCUCGCAGGCGGGAGGAGGACGGGCACCCCGCGAUGGGGACCGUGUCCUGCCAAGGACACGCUGCUGACCAGCGCCGUCCCGCUCUCCCAGCGCGUUACCUCUGCGGCUCCUGAGCUCUGCCAGUCCGGGCACCGCAGCCUCGGGUCUUUGUUCCUGUCACCAGAGCCUUGCGCAGCCCCGUGUGUCCUUCUCCUUCUGUACAGGUCCCUGCAGGAACAGGAGCACGUGGCUCCGGGCCGACCCUCUCCUGCGAUUCGGGAGCACGUCCUUGUUCCCGCCUGGCUUGCAAAUGCCGCUGCUCCCAGAGCAGGCGGUCGGGAGCUUUGCAGUGUUCUAUGGAGGGAGGCAGACGCUUGUACUGACACAAAUCCCCAUCCGUUCUCCUUUCCUGACAACGUCCUGCUGUACAGGCUGGGUGUGCUGGGCACGAGGGGACGUCACCAGUGCUGUGGUGCAUCUCUUCUUUAGUCCGAAUCAUUUCAGAUCCUCUGUAGAAUAGCUAGUGACGUCAAAAAGCUUUAUGGCUUAUGGAAACUUACCGUGUGAUGUUUUUUUCCGGGAAGACUGGCAGGUUGGUUCCUGCUUGCUGCUGAAACUGGGAAAAUGCAAGCAGCUUGUGUUUCUGCGUGACUCCUGCACAAAGGGAAUCAGGACAACUCCUCAGAGCCAUUGAGAGAGAAGAUAAUCUAAGGGCAUUCAUUAACUUUUUUAAACAAAAUUUUAAAAUGGUAAUGAGGUUCAGUAUAUUGAGUAUUUAUCAUGUGUGAGAAGGAAAAUAAAUCUUGAAUUUACAUUUAUAGGCCUUCCCAUGAGCUGGACUUAGUCAUGUAGAUUGUGUAAGUAGGGUUGCCUCGGUGCCAGCCGCCCAGCCAGCUACAGCUGUAACCAGAGUAUCCGCACUGCUCUGUCCACCUCCGCUUCGCGUUGUCACGUGUUAACUUAGCUACUUGUUUCAUGAAAAAUAAACUGUGAAUAUUUUUGGUGCAGGCUUUUUUAAAUCUGUAAAAUGGAGAAGUUCUCAAUGGAUUCUCGUAAGUGCAGGUUUGAAAAAUCAUUUAUAUAAAUCGUGCUCAUGUAACAGGGUGUGAGGUUCACAGCAGCACCUCCCACGCAGCAGGCUCUUACCCUAAAGCUUCUUUUGAACAGUGAACGUGGAUUUUAACCGUUGCAUGGCAUUGCAAACCCACAGCCUUAUUCCUUGCGUCUGACCGUACCCCACCUCUUUUCUUGUCUCCUUUCACGCCUUUUCCACAAGGAUCCGGGUUUCUGGCUCUCGACCUCCCAGCUGGAAAGUUGACUUCAGUGUAGCUGGGAGGCUGCUCGGUGAAGUUGGUGUUUGGAAAUGCAACUGAAGGUAGAAGCCAGUGAGCUGCUCAUCCCUCCUCACCCUCGUUGGGCCCCUGGGCAAUGCUCUGUCAGAUCAGGACGGCAUUUCAGGCAUUCGUGGGGCUUGCAGGGGAACAGGGGUGCUGGGGGAGUGGCUGUGCUGGGUCACCUCAGCGGGGCCUGGCCGGGUGUGGAGACGGGUCCUGGCAGCCCUGUCCUGCCCAACCCGCCAUUGCCAGCAGCGGGAGUAAGCAAGCUAUAUUAUUAUCAUAUGCCUGCCUUCGUCAGCAGGGAGAAAUGGGAAGCAGCUCCAGGCAACACAGCCCGGUAGAAAGGAAAUACGGGCUUUCCAGCACUUGAGGAGACCGUGGCUGCUGGUGGCAGCUGCUGGUGUUGCCUUGGAGGAGAAGAGGGAGAUGCCUGUACGGACCGAGUCGGGUUCUUCUUCUGCAGUUCAUUGCUGUCUUUGGAGUUCUGCCAGUUUGAAUCACGGGUGUUUUUAACGUAGAGGAAGGCGGCAGGUGACAAACCCCUGGCAGAUGGUUCCUGCGGGAGAGAGGCUGUGCAGCUCUGCUCCUUGCGCCGCGCUGGGGCCGGCGAGGGGCGCGCGUGGCUCUGCCGGGGCCGAGGCCACCGUGCGCUGCUGUGCUGGAGGGAUCUGACCCCUUGGCCACCAGCAGUCUCAGGUCAGGUGUCAUUGCACACAAGGUGGGAAGGAGGCGACUCUUGUGUUGAUUCGCUGUUGUGAGAGUUGUAGAAGCAGCAUCAGGGGGGUGAUGAUUUCUGCUCAGAGCCAUGUCCCUUUCCCUGCUGUCCUUGGGAGGCUCACGGGAACUUCCCAGGGUCACGAGCCCGCUCCCACUUGUAGGAAUGGAUCCCCCUUCCCAGUUCCGAAAGGGAUGAAGGAUUUGCUCCCAUACAAACGCUUCACGGGGCCGGAGGGGAGCGGGCACUGUCCUGCGUGGCUCGUCCCGUCAGCACCACUUGCUGGGCUGGUGCCCACUGGCAAAUCCAGCCAAAAAGCAACCGCUUUAAGGGGUAAUCCCAUACUGCGCAUCUUCAGAUACUUAACUAGCUGAUAGUAGCUUGCUUUAUUGCUCUUCUUGAGUUAAAACUUUUCCUAUUUAACAAAAAAAACCCCACAAGAACCAGAUUCACUUCAAUGCACAAAGUGUCCGGGUGGUACUGUGGGAGUAUGUGUUACAAUUCAGGGUUAAACCCCCCCAGCCACAGGCUUCGCUUUGAAGGUGUGACUUAGUGAAAUGCAGGAGAUGAGAGAGAUGUUUGAAGGACAGUAACAUACCAAGGUGAGAUAAUAUGGAUUUAGGGUGCUAGAAGAGCUUCAGCUCCACAGAACAAGGAAGAAAAAGAAAAACAAAUCAACCGCAACCCUGACGCACGUCGGCAGCGGUUUGAGCUGAGUGUGCUGCGCCGAUCCUGCCCGGGGACUGAGAAACCUCAGACCUUCAACACCUUCUGUUUAUAUUUUAAUUUCAGCCUUAACUUUGGAUUUUGCUUGAUGUUUGGAGUAACUGUAAUUGUAACCUGCUUGUAAUGUGCUUUGCCCUAAAAUUAACUGAUGAGGCUUUUCAGGCUUUGCCAGCCAGUGAGUGUUAAUGCAAAGUGGCAAACCGUGCAGCUACUCUGAGAGUACAGAGGGGGCCGGCGAGGGCUCACACCGUGUUUGAUCCCCCAGGCUUUGUCUGUGCUAAUGAAUCCCCUGUGACAGUGGUGAUGCUGGUGGCAGCGUUAGCAGCCAGAGGCGCGCGGCUGGGCUGCCGGGGCUGGGAGCUGGGAUGCUGGAGCGUGGGGACAGCUCUGCCGCUUGCCUGGCUUCAUCAGAGUCCCGCCGGCGCGGUGGCAGUGCCCUCGCCUAGCAGGAGGUGGGAAAAGGACAACAUUUCUGCUGCGGAUCCUCCAAAAGCGACCUCAGCCAAGUCCGGUGCGGGGGGACAGCGUGUGUGAGCUUGGGCUGGAGAAGUGGUGGUGAUGGACAGUCCCUACAGCACUGAAUCUACCUCCUAGGGAAAUCUGAGAAAUGGGUGUUGCUAUGUCCUAUUUCAAGGUAAAGUUUUAACCAGUUUGCCCUUGGCGAAGCACUUGGGCUAUUGUGGUGCUAUUGUAACCGUUGGCAGCUUAGCACAGUAGGGCUGGAGGGAUGGAGGUUUGCUCGCCGGUGAGUCCGUCCCUGGUAGCUGGGGCUGGGCUUCGGCGUGCGGGCUGAGCAGGACGAGGCGUGACUCAGUUCCUUCGGUUUAUGAUGGUUUCGAGACCCAAACCAGCGUGCCAGUGGGCCCCGGGAGCGAGUGGAGCCACGUGAAGCAAGGCAGGCGUCCGCUAACUGCAUGUUCUUUGUGUCCGUUUGGUACUGAGCUGGUUUCAGUUUUUGGUUUUGUUUUGUUGGGUUUUUUUGUGUUUUGUUUUGGGUUUUGUUUUUUUUUUCCCCUGAUGUUUCCAAGUUGUUGACUUCGAGGAACUGGGUUUUGUGAAUUUUUUUAGACACUGGGAACUUGUGAAAAGGAAAAGCAGCAGCACCGGGAGGCUCAAGGUGGCUGGAGCUGAGGGUGGCCCCGGCCGUGCUGGGUGGGAGGAUGUCAGGGGUGCUGCCGCGGGCAGGCAGGAGCAGCUCUCCUUUAGGCAGCGGCGUUCCUGGCCCUGCUCAGCUCUGGUACCAUCUCCAGCGCCCCGUGACGCACCCGAUGUGUCGGAUACCGCGCCUGGCGUCGAGUGUCCCCUGCCGCCCUCCGGUGCCACGUGCUCUUGGCUGGGAUCCUGCUGCCAGCUGGGCUGGGGGCCCCGGGGCGGGGGUGCAGGAGGCAUCGCUGCGCUCAAGCAGCGGCACAAGCUGUGCUGAAGCCACGAGCAGGUUUGCUUGGAGCGGGGAAGCCUCGGUGUGAGCAGCCCCACGCUGGGGGGAGCCCCCGUGGGGUCCCAUCCCGUGGGCUCGGCCAGAGGGGAGCGGGCAGGAGUUGGGGUGCUGGGGCCAUCCUGAGCAAACGCUGCGUGGGGGACGCGUGGGCGCUUGGCCCUGGCCAGGACUCCUCUGUCGGUUCUAAGCGGGGAUGCCAGAGCAGGUGGGAGAAACCUACAUAUUUCCAGCAUGUAUAUUAUUUUUAGAAGAGGGAGAGGGGAGAGUCUUGGACCAUUGAUUACUUUCAUUUUGCUCCCCUUAGACUGUUGGCUGUGUAUGUGAAACUUAUAAUGAAAAGAGGGUUGCCCUGCCCAGGUGCUCCCAGAACAUGUACUGUAAUUCUUUGUAUAUAGAUGAAAAAUUACUGUAAAGUAAAGUUUAACUUUACUCUUGA